AUGAACUCCAGCCUGGCUCUGGGACUCAUGGAUGGGGAUCCUGACCACAAUGCCUCCAACGUGGAGCCACUGAUCUGUCUGAUCCGGGAGUCCGGUCUCCUCUGCCGCCCAGCUCGAAUGUCUGCCCGCAUCGCCAACAUCAUCUUGCUCAUCAUGAUUGUUACCAUGGUGUUGAACGUCCUGGGAAACAUGACCAUCAUCAUGGCUAUCUCCUACUUCAAGCAGCUGCAGGUGCUGCCCAACACCUUCACCCUUUCCCUGGCGGUGGCCGACAUCAUGGUGGGCGUAGUGGUGAUGCCCUUCUACACGACGCAGUGCGUCUACGACUGCUGGUUCUACGGCCAAACAUUCUGCAAGGUCCACCACUUCCUUGAUGCCUUCGUGUGUACCGCCUCCACCUGGCACCUCUGCUGCAUCGCCUACGAGCGAUACCUGGCCAUUUGCGACCCGAUGCACUAUAGGGAGCGCUUUACCUGGAAGACAGCAGCCCUGCUUCUUGUCACCAUAUGGCUCGGGACGGUGUUCCAAGUGGUGCCCGUGAUGCUAGGAUGGAUUGUCAUCGGCAUCGAGGACCUGAUGGCAAGCCGCAUCUGUAAGAACAACUGCAUCUUCUACAUGAACAAGACAUUAUCGAGCUGUGGUGCCUUCCUCACCUUCGUGGUGCCUGUAACUGUAAUGACCCUUGCCUACGCGAAGAUUUACCGCGUGGCACGCAAGCAGGCCCGCUCCAUCAGCAUCCAGCAGCAAGGGAGCCAGGGCAAGUCGGGCUUCAACAAGCAGCAGUGGGCAGCCAUGAAACGAGAGCACAACGCCACCAAGACUGUGUCCAUCAUUCUGGGUGUCUUCAUUUUCUGCUAUGCGCCAUUUUUUUACACCAUCGUCAAAGAUCCCUGGAUCGAUUUUAGAACAAAUUCCUUCACCUGGGACAUGGUAAACUGGUUCGGGCAUGUUAACUCAGCCAUCAACCCUUACCUAUACGGGGGCUUCAACCGCGCGUUUCGUAACGCCAUCCGCAUCAUGUUUAGCCGCAAGUUUUGGCAGCCUGGGAGCCGCUCAGCCGAGCUGUGA